GCAUGCAUGCAAAAUCACUUUAAAUAGACCCGGAUAAGACUUCUUAUAUGUCUGGAUCUACCCUGGGCAUGCUUGUCAUAAACAUGAGCCACAGUUUCGCAUAAUCAGGCUCACAGUGCUUGCUCGAACAUUAGCAGUUCCUGCUUGUGCUUGGAAGGGGUGGAGUAAAAUUUUAUAAGAAGGGGAGAACAAAGGAGUAAAGAAAAAUAUUCCGGCUGUUGUUUGUGUGGAGAGCUGAAGGGAGAAACUGCCCAAACAUAUGUAGCAAAAACUGGGUCAUAAGAGGAGUCAGACAAGCAGUAAAAAGCUUUCUAAAGUUUGUUGUUGUUCAGCUCCCCCACCUUCCAUUAAGCUAAAUCCCUGGAAGAUUCAUUUCUUCUACUCUUCAGCCUGCCAGUCACUUAUCAAGGGGUUUUUGCUCUUCCAAUGGGUAAUGCUGUAAAAUGAUUUUGGAAGAGUCAAAUCAAACAACUCCUGGAUGCUAUUGAUAAAACCUCUGAGACUGAAAACACACACAAUAGUGAAGACUUCCUCAAUUUACUCCAUUGAUAUACCCAUGGAGCCAUGGUUAAAUAAUGGAACCAGAAAAUAAGUUCCUGUAUAAACACAAAGGAUACUAUUUUGUAAAAGGGGUAUCACCUGAAAGUAUAGAUUCACUGGAAAGCUUUGAAAUCAAAGAUGAUGAUAUAUUUAUAAUCACUUAUCCUAAAUCUGGCACGAUAUGGACUCAAAAUAUUGUGAGCUUGAUUCUUCAUGAAUGUCAUCGAGAUGGAACUGAAAAUAUUACCCUGAUUGACAGAGCUCCAUGGCUGGAGUGUAAUAUUGCUGACAUAGAUUAUCCCAAUCGCCCAUCACCUCGUCUCUUUACUUCCCAUCUGCCCUACUAUUUGGUACCCAAAGGAUUACAAAAUAAAAGAGCAAAGAUUAUUUAUGUGUUUAGAAACCCAAAGGAUGUCUUGGUUUCUACCUAUCAUUUUACCAAAAUUACACCUGUAAGGGAAACACCAAAAGAUUUUGAUACAUUCUUGGAGUGGUUUUUGUCUGGCAAAGUGCCCAGUAGUUUAUGGCUAGACCAUGUAGAAGGCUGGUAUACUCAUAAGGGUGAUUUCAACAUUCUCUUCCUUUCUUAUGAAGAAAUGAAAAAGGAUCUGAGAAGUUCUGUACUGAAAAUAUGCAACUUCUUAGGGAAAAAACUAAGUGGAAAGGAGGUGGAUGAGGUAGUGGAUAAAGCUACAUUUGAUAACAUGAAGGUGGAUUCCAGAGCAAACUACACAUUCAUGCCUCCUGACAUUGUAGAUUGCAGAAAAGGAGACUUUCUUCGCAAAGGGCCUGGACACCUUGCAGUCACUGAAUUGUCCGGCAACUCCACUAAAUACCAAAGUAUUCCAGAGUCACAUGUGAAGCCAGCGGUCUGACAGCUAAAGAUUGGCCAACAUUAGGUCAUGCAACAGGACAAUGACCCUAAGCACACCAGCAAAAAUACCACAGAAUGGCUGAAAAGGAAAAGAAUUAAGGUAUUGCAAUGGCCUGUCAAAGUCCAGUCGUCAACCUGAUUGAAAUGUUACAGUGAAACCUCAAGUGAAACAAGUAAACAAAUGCUCAGAAACCUCAAUUAACCGAAACCAUGUUGUAAAGAAUAGUGGGCCAAAAUUCUUCCAAAAUUAUGGAAUCUUAAGUUUUACAUACACAGCUUUUCCAUUUUGGUUUUCUUUUUCAAAAAUAAAUCACGACAUGGUGUAAUGUCAUUUUGCUCAUCUGAGGUUGUAUUUACUUUUAAGAACUGCUAAGGAGCAGAUUUUUACUAUGUUCUCAGACAAAAAACCAUGGAACAGAAGCAGGGUAUACUUCCUGUUUACAUGACUGCAUAUACAUUCAAACACAAACUUGGUCACAGAAAAAUGCGUAAGAAUGACCAUUUUGGUGACAGGAUGACAUAAAUAGCCUCUAGAUAAAAUGAAUAUGAAAACUGUUAAGAUAUUUUUAACCAUUGU